AUGUCAUAUUUUUUCAAACUAAUGAAGAAUCAAACCAGUACCAAGUCUUCUGCAUUGGCAAGAUUAUCAUUGACAGCACAACAUUUGCACUUGUCUAGAUGUUCAUCAACAUCUACUACCCCAGAUAUCAUUCCAAUAAAUCAAGGCACCAAAUAUACUGCUGAUUAUGCCAAUUAUGCUACCACCCCUAACGGAAAAAUAGUGUCGUAUUUCCACGAUAUUGCAUUGAAUCUCAACAAGGACACCAGAGAAGCAAAUAUGGUUGUAGAAAUACCUCGUUGGACCAAUGCAAAGUUUGAAAUUAAUACUAAAACUGCCGGUAAUCCUAUAGUUCAAGAUAUCAAAAAUGGAAAAGUUCGUUUCGUGAAAAACUUGUUUCCUCAUCAUGGGUAUAUUCACAAUUAUGGUGCUUUCCCUCAAACAUGGGAAGACCCAACCACAAAGCAUCAUGGUCUUUUUGGUGAUAAUGAUCCUUUGGAUGUUUGUGAAAUCGGGUCCAAAAUUUUAUCAACUGGUGAUGUCAAAAGAGUUAAAGUGUUGGGCUCAAUUGCUUUAAUAGAUGAUGGUGAAUUGGACUGGAAAGUGAUUGUAAUAAAUGUAAACGAUCCAUUGUUUAAAAACGUCAACGAUAUAGAUGAUUUGGAUGAAAAAUGUCCAGGAUUAUUAGAUACUACUAGACAAUGGUUUCGAGACUACAAAUUAGCGGAUGGCAAACCACAAAAUGAUUUUGCAUUUAAUGGAGAAUAUAAGAAUGCAAGUGAAACAAUCGAGAUAAUUGAACAAUGCCAUAAGAGUUGGCAACAACUAAUCAAUGGAGAAACCAAAACUGAUAAAACCCCAAAUAUCACCAACACAACGGUUAAGAGUCUGCCAGGAUUUACUGAUACUAUUUCAGUACUGUUGAAUAAUCCAUCAAGAGCAAAUGCUGCUAUUCCAGUUGAUGUUGAAGCUAAUUAUUUUAUCAAGACAAGUUGA